CUCAUUCAUUCAACAUGGCAACGCAAGCCAAUAGCAUUAUAUUAUCGGUUGUAAUCAUUGCUGCUUUGUUGAGCGUCGUGCAGGGCGCCAACAUUUUAGCAGUGAUGACUACGCUCAGCUCUUCGCAUUUGAUUGUGCAGAUGUCCAUGAUCAAAGUGCUGGCUGAGCGUGGACACAAUGUUACAGCUGUAACGACGCUGAAGCCAAAAGUUAAUCACAAGAAUAUAAAUCUCAUAUACUUGCCACUCAGCGAGCAGGAUGAAGAGAGUUGGAAUACCAGCAUUGCUGAUGUAUCAAGCAAAGAAGAUAAUAACAACAUUAUUAAAUUUCUAUUUCGCAUGCUAUCGCAAAUGAAGUUUGUGUUCAACAGACAUCGCGAUGUUAUGAAAGAUCCGCGAGUUAUAGAUCUCUACGAGAAUCCAGACAAUCACUUUGAUCUCGUCAUCAUUGGUUACUUUUUGAAUAAUUUUCAAAUGGGCAUAGCGCACAAGCUCAAAGUUCCAGUCAUCAUAGCCACAGCUAUGUUUCAAUGGGAAAUAUUUGACAGCAUUACCGGAAAUCCAACAGCUUAUUCCUAUGUGCCACCAAUAGGAUCAUUUAUAACAGAGCGUAUCAGCAUGAGCUUAUUCCAAAGAUUAAUAGUGCGCAUUAAAGCUGUGUUUAUUAAAUUAUUUGCCUUGCUAAUAGAAAUGGAUAUGAAGAAGUUGUACAAUGAGCUCUAUGGCAAUGAUGCCGACAUGCCAGCCUACGAAGAACUGAACAAGAAUGUAUCGCUUGUGUUAUUCAACUCUUAUACCAUAAGUGAAGGUCCCAUUAGAGCCAAUGUGCCUGGAGUAAUCGAAGUUGGUGGCAUACAAGUUAAGGAAACACCAGAUCCAAUACCUAAAAACUUAGCAGACUUUCUGGACAAUGCGCAGAAUGGAGCUAUACUCUUAAGCUUAGGUACGAAUGUGCAUGGAGCUAACUUAAAACCCGAAAUAGUUCAAAUGAUGUUCAAUGUGCUGUCCAAGCUAAAGCAACGUGUAAUCUGGAAAUGGGAAGAUCUGAGCAAUACUCCAGGACAGGCUGAUAAUAUACUUUAUUUCAAAUGGCUGCCACAGGAUGACAUAUUAGCUCAUCCGAACAUCAAACUAUUUAUUACUCAUGCUGGUCGGGGUGGUAUAACUGAAGCCACUUAUCAUGGCAAACCCAUGUUCGCGCUGCCUGUCUUUGCAGAUCAACCCGCAAAUGCGGAGAAAAUGGUUAAAGAUGGUUUUGGACUUAGCGAGAGUCUGCUUACUUUAGAGGAGAAACCCUUCCGAGAAGGUCUUUCGGAAGUUCUUAAUAAUCCUAUUUAUACGCAACGCGUUAAAGAGUUCUCUGUGCUCUUCCGCGAUCGUCCUUUGUCUGCUCGUCAAACUGUUGUCUAUUGGACCGAAUAUGUCAUGCGUCAUCAUGGAGCAGCUCAUCUGCAAAGUCCGUUGCGGCAUAUGAGCUAUAUAAGUGCCAACAAUUUGGAUGUCAAUGCUAUUUUAAUCAUCUCUUUCAUUAUACUAAUUUUAAUAGGCAAAUUUGUUCUUAAACUUAUUUGCAGAAAAGUUUGUAGUAAAGCUACAAAUACUGCAAAGUUGAAAACCAAAUAAAAUUAGUAGUUU